AUGGACACCUUUGGUGGUGUUGGAACAGCGACAUCGCUUCUCGUGCAAGCAUUUCAUCUAUUCCGACACGUGUCGUCCGCACGUAGUUUCGCAGACAGCGCAGGAACACUCGCUGCAUUAAUCGCAAUAGAAUACUUCCGUUUCGAAACAUGGCUUCAGCAGAGUGGUUUGCUGGUCGCCGAUUCGGUCACUGGUGAAUUUGUUGUCAGCGAAAGCUCGUUGCGCAGGGCUAUUCUUCUUGCUUCGGACGCUCGAUCGCUGACGAUGGACUACGGUCGUGUUGAGCGACAUGUGCUGUUGGUUAUAAGUCAAGCACAUCAAUGUCUGUUGAUGCUCCAAGAGCUACGUGACAAGUACUCUCUUCACAACGAUGCCAGUUGUGUCGUUAGCACUGUAAGCCCCAACUCUGCCGCGAUGAAAACCAGCAGUGAGAUACCUACCGCAGCACCACUAUUCCAGAACAACCAAGUCGCUGCGGGUUUAAAACGAAACACAAAACUCCACCAACACCGCGCAAAGACUGUUAGCUUUUUCCGUAAGGUUAACUUCACUUGGUCGUUCAAAGAUGAUAUUAGCGACCGCACCAAGGUUAUGGAACAUGUUCAAACUCUCAAGUCCUGCAACGACGCACUCUUAGAAUGUCUGCCAAUCACACAGCAAAACACAGCGGAAAGACUUGUGAACAUGAAAGCGCUCGCCCUGUCAGAAUUACCCUCGGAUCUGAAGGGACUUGGGAAUGCUGCCUCGACAUUCAAUGAUCCGAUGCACCGUCAGAUCUACCAGGCAAUGCUGAUCAAAGCUCGAAGAGUUGAGGAAAGCACGCAAACAGUAUCACGUCAAGAGCUUGAACAAAUUGAACUGGAUCGUGCAGGCCUAUCCUUUCAAGAGGAACAGCUGAUCGAUUCUAGAAUUGUGUCUCAAUACACUGUCGCUAACUCUCUAACGACAGAAAAGCUCAAUAUUAUCUUGGAGAGUGUGUCGUUCCCAUCCUCCCUCACUGAAGAUGACCUUGGCCUCUUAAAGGAUCGCAUUGCACUCCUCUGUAUACUCCUCCGUAAUGCUGGUCAUCCUUACUUCCCUGUACUCCCGGUUGGCAUCGGCUUCUUUCAGCAAUCCAGGACCUCGUUCGCAUUGGCCUACCAGCUUCCUUCAUUUGCUGAUCAACAGGAGCUUACUUGUUCGCUCUAUUCUCUGCUUCCACGUAACAAAUAUUCGAUCCAAACUGAAAAGUCAGGGAGACCAAAUAGAUUUAUACCGUCACUCGAGCAGCGUUACAAGUUGGCUUCCGCCCUAGCCGAUGGCGUGCUCUCGUUGCUCAGUGUAAACUUGAUGCAUAAAACCAUCACAAGUCGGAAUAUCGUUGUAUAUCGUACUUCAGACACAUUGAAGCUCGACUCUCCCCAGUUGUUGGGGUUUGGUUUCGCACGCCGUGAGCGACCGGAUGAGCGCAGCGUUGAUGUGCGCGACGAGAUACCAUGUCCGUGGCGCUUCUGGCAACAUCCGGAAUUACGUUCUGCUGGGGAAGAGCAUCGCCGCUUCGAACGUCGCUUCGAUAUCUUCUCCCUGGGUGUCGUUCUAUUCGAGAUUGGUAUGUGGCAGGACGCUCACUACUACAGCUCGUCUGCGUCCGACUCAGCAGUGGCCAAUGCCGACGAAUUUCGUCGUAGAUUGGUUAAGGUAUGUGCACAAGAGAUGGCUCAUCGCAUGGGUGAAGGCUACAAAUCGGCUGUCAUGACGUGUCUAGACGGGGACGAGGUAUGGUGUGAAGAAGCAUGGAAUGAUGCCAGGAUGGACGAAAAUACAGAGGAAAACGACACCUUGAACCGGGGCCCAGACGUGACUGAACUGUUUUAUUUGCAUGUUUCGAGCGUUCUGAGUAGUUGCUGCAAAUAG